UGACGUAUCAGUCUGACAGUCGGGCGGAGACAAAAAAAAAAUCAGAAAAAAGUCGCACCAGUUUGCAAAGUUAGUGAAGAGUAAAUUUUCGCUUAUCAAUAAAAAUUGUUCCGCUUCGAUUUGCGAAACUGUGUUCGUUCUAUUCGCGACGGCUUCCAAACUGCAGUUGAUUGCGUUAUAUAACCGGGGGAAGCGCCUCUCGAGUGAUGUGGAACAAUUCAAUCUCUGAAGUCAUCUUCUAGCAGCGCAGCCAAAAGGUCCACCAUUCGAACAUUACACAGAGGGGAGAUUGCUGCUGGAUGGCGUUCCGCCAAUGACGACGAUUCAUCAUUAGUGGAAUUUCAUGUGCUGGAAAAGAAUCUGUAAUAGUGCGUGAGCAAAGUGGUUGUUUUCCUGUUUUCGAAAUUGGCCGCCCCCCGCUAUCGUAUGAAGUGAAGUGAAGUGCAAGUAUUACACAGUGUUCAUGUGCAUGAGAGCUGAGCUCUGAGUGAUUACGAUUGGAUAAAUAGGGAACGGAACUAUUUACGGGCUGAUCAUUACUGGAAGCGGCAUUUUGGCUCGGACAAUUGGAUUAGCUACCAGUAUCGGUACCAGCAGUAGGAGCAACAACAGGAAAAAUGAAUUUCCUCCGGUUCGGCCAGUCGGCGGACAUUGACAUAGUGUUCGACGGAGCGGAGAACCGACAGCACGCCGACAUCAAAACCGAAGACGGCAAAAAGGAAAAGUAUCUCCUGUACUACGAUGGUGAAACCGUGAGCGGAAAGGUCAACAUUACACUGAAGAAACCGGGCAGCAAGCUGGAACACCAGGGCAUCAAAGUUGAACUCAUUGGACAAAUUGAACUAUACUACGAUCGCGGAAAUCACCAUGACUUUCUCAGUUUGGUCCGAGAGUUGGCCCGCCCGGGCGAUCUCAUUCAGAACACAUCGUACCCGUUCGAGUUUGCGAACGUCGAAAAGCCCUACGAAGUGUACGUCGGGUCGAACGUCCGUUUAAGGUAUUUCUUGAGAGUGACGAUCGUACGCCGUUUGAGUGACAUCAUCCGCGAGGUGGACAUUGCGGUGCACACUCUGUCCAGCUACCCGGACACUAACAGUCCAAUCAAGAUGGAAGUCGGCAUCGAGGAUUGCCUGCACAUAGAGUUCGAGUACAACAAGAGCAAAUAUCAUCUACGCGACGUCAUUGUCGGUAAAAUAUAUUUCCUCUUGGUACGCAUCAAAAUCAAGCACAUGGAGAUUGCCAUCAUCAAACGGGAACAGACAGGAUCUGGUCCCAACAUAUUCACGGAAAACGAAAUCAUCGCCAAGUACGAAAUAAUGGACGGCUCGCCGGUCAAGGGGGAAAGCAUACCGAUUCGAGUGUUCCUGGCCGGGUACGACCUAACGCUGACGAUGAGGGAAAUCAACAAGAAAUUCUCCGUACGCUAUUUCCUGAACUUGGUCCUGAUCGACACGGAAGACAGGCGAUACUUCAAACAGCAGGAAAUCACCCUGUGGCGUAAGGCGGACAAAACGAGGAAAUCGUUGACGCCGUCGCAAGCGGCUGCGGUAGCCGCUGCUCAUGGGCAACCGGGAGCGAAUGCCGUCGGAGGACAGCUGGCACCACAGGCCAGUGCCACAAAUCCCCACAUACCACACCACCUGGUGGGACAAACACCGGUCAUGAAGGAACCCUUGCUGGAGGAUAUGAACGCCAGGAAGCCGGAGGAUAACAACCCCAUAAUGGGACUGUUCACAGAGGACAACUCGCAAACAGAUUUGCGACCAAAACCGGCCGCCCGGCAGCGGUCUGACGAACCUUCAACUGGCAACGGUGAAGAAAGCAGCGCGAGGAAACCACUGCUUCCGCAGGCGGACGCAACCGACGACAACACUCUGCCUCAAACACAGCAGCAUUUGCAUCGGGAAGCUGGUGAUGGGGCCGCUUCGAUUUCACACACCACAGACGAAGAAACCUCGUCGCUGUUUGAUGCCAACGAUUUGAGCUUCAACGCCAACAGUAAUCCUCCGGCGGCACCGGCACCAGUGGCCACGGCUGCCCCCACUUCGACCACCUCGACGACGACAAACGACGACAGCUCCUCGAGUCCGAUUGCGAAUGUUGCCCUCGCAGAAUCGAUUCCGGAUGUGUCGGAGUCAAGUCCGACGACGACGGCAGCGCCAGUAACUGCGGUCAAACCGGAAGCCGCACCGCGUGAAUCGAAACAGAAACAACUGGAGGAACCGCUAGCGGAGUAAAAGAAAUCCUUUCUAUUGCAGAGCAUGCAGGUAAAUAUACCUAUCUUACAAUCUUCAGUAUAUUAGCCUUCACGGAUUGGACCCGGAAACACCCGACACGUGGUGUUGGAAUUUUGAUUACUUUUCGGUUCACCAUACUCCUUUCUUAUCUGCGAGUAAAACAACCGAAUCUCUGCAGAGCAUAUUUAUUAACAAUCCAGCAACUCAUUGAACAAUGCAUGAGAAAAGUAGACAAAUUAUUACACCAAGCAAACCAACCGAAAUCCAUUCGAAUAUAGGAGCUUCUCAAGCAAGCAAAACUUAAGAAACAGGUUCAAAAGUUAACCCUCCACUUGGAAAUGAUCAAAAUGUAGACCACAGCACCAAUGUUUAGGAAAUAUUUACUAAAGCAAUUCACCCGAUUAACAAAUAAGAGGGGAACCAACGCUCCCAUUCUUUCAACGAGGAGUCGUUGCCGAUCUUUCCUAGGAUACACAUAAGCUGCGUAUCCCAGAACCUUUUCUCAUCCCUCUUCAGGACUGUGUGUACAAUUAUAAGCAUUAUAUACCUAGAUCGACUUCUUCGGUGGAAAUGUGUGGCCUCUCGAAACUUUGACUGUUGCGCUUCGGCUCGGUAAAAGUGAUACAGUUCGAUGCCGAAGACGAUGAAGAAUGAUGAAAUGAGAAAUCAAUUUGUUGUAAUGUUAAUUCAAACUAAACUAUUUUCCGUUUUUCGUACUCUUAUUUGUUCCGCUGCAUUGACGGAAACAAAGAAAAGAAAAUCAGACUAACAGACAAACAAACAGAACACUACGAUGUAAGGAAGAAUAAAUUGUGUUGAUAGUGAUAAAGAAAACUAAUACGAGCAACUUUUAAGUGAAGUGUUUAAUGAAAAUCAGUAACAGAAAAUCGGACAACAAAUCAAAGCAACAACACAGCAAGGUUGAACAACGGUAUCGAAGGUCACUGAGAAGCAAAAGAAAAAAAGUGCUCAGUGUCGGUACUUUCAACAAGACCGGAGCAAUUUAGGCGCGAGAUGGAAAUUAAUUAGCAUGGCAAGUGAACUCGGAACGGUAGAAUAUAUUAUAUUGAAAAAAUAAACAAGUUAUGUAUAUCUGAAAAACAAA